UGGGUACAAAAAUGCCUCCCCAUGAUCGCUCUACCGACACCGGCGUCCAAAUCAUCCCCUCUUGCCGCGUAAAAGAAUAACGGCAAUAACAAUAUUUCACACACCCGCCUCUGCAAAUCCCUCCCCAACUCGAAGAAAGCCAAUCAUUUCCAAAACUCUCUCUCUCUCUCGCGAUCUAACCAGAGCCAAACAAUGGGCUCACUCCCACCAUCUCUGGACCUUCCCUCACCGAAUGCCAAAUCCCAACAAAUUGACCAAACCACCCUUCUCAACCUCUUCAAAUCCCAACAAAACCACCUCAACUAUUUCUUCCGAAACCUCGAUCUCUCUCAAACAUUAACCUUCACCCAGACACUCCUCCACUGUAACGGCACUAUUUUCUUCUCUGGCGUCGGAAAAUCCGGUUUCGUCGCCAAUAAAAUCUCCCAAACCCUAAUCUCCCUUGGCAUUCGCGCCGGCUUUCUCUCCCCUCUCGACGCCCUCCAUGGCGACAUCGGCGCCCUCUCCGCCUCCGACAUCCUCGUCCUAUUCAGCAAAUCCGGGAACACUGAGGAGUUGCUCCGUCUGGUUCCGUGCGCCAAGGCGAAAGGUGCGUAUCUGGUGUCGGUGACGUCCGUUGAAGGCAAUGCUCUCACGGCGGUUUGCGAUUUGAAUGUGCGUUUGCCUUUGGAGAGGGAAUUGUGUCCGUUUGAUUUGGCUCCUGUGACCUCCACUGCGAUCCAGAUGGUUUUUGGGGAUACCGUCGCGAUUGCGUUGAUGGGAGCCAGGAAUUUGAGUAAGGAAGAGUAUGCGGCUAAUCAUCCUGCUGGAAGGAUCGGCAAGAGCUUGAUUUUCAAGGUAAAGGAUGUGAUGAAGAAGCAAAAUGAGCUACCAAUCUGUAAGGAAGGAGAUUUGAUAAUGGAUCAGUUAGUUGAGCUGACGAGUAAAGGAUGUGGGUGCCUGCUUGUUAUAGAUGAGGAGCAUCACCUGAUCGGAACAUUUACAGAUGGUGAUCUACGGCGUACUCUCAAGGCUAGUGGGGAAGCCAUCUUUAAGCUUACAGUGGGAGAAAUGUGCAACAGGAACCCAAGAACAAUUGGUCCUGAUGCAAUGGCAGUGGAAGCCAUGAAGAAGAUGGAAUCACCACCAUCCCCUGUACAAUUUUUGCCUGUUAUUAAGGAUGAUAAUAUCCUGAUUGGUAUCGUUACCCUCCAUGGAUUAGUUUCAGCUGGGCUUUGAUAAAAUUUGGGAUUUUAUUUUUUAAUGCCUCGUAGGUUUUAUUUAUUUAUUUAAUUUGUGAUUCUUUAUAAUAUUAAAAAACUGGAACACCACCGGGCAGGGUUCUCUUGUAUUCUUAUCUUAUCAUUGUUUCAAAGAAUUAUUGGAUCCGAUAUGUUCUGUAGAUGUAGAGGUAUUGGAUAUUCUGUCUUCGGAUA